UGGAGCUGGACGAGGGCUCAGGCAUAGCCACGAUGAAGUUUAAGAGCCCUCCCGUCAACAGCCUCAGCCUGGACUUCCUCACUGAGUUUUGCAUAAGCCUGGAGAAGCUGGAGAACGACCGGGGUUGCCGGGGCGUGAUCUUCACAUCUGCCAUUCCCAAAAUCUUCUCGUCUGGCCUGGACAUCACCGAGAUGUGUGGGAAGAGCACGGAGCACUAUGGGGAGUUCUGGAGAGCUGUGCAGGAGACGUGGCUCAGGCUCUACGGCUCCAGCAUGGUGACAGUCGCCGCAAUCAAUGGAUCCAGCCCAGCGGGAGGCUGUCUCCUUGCCUUGUCGUGUGACUACAGAAUCAUGGCUGAGAACCCCAAAUUCAGCAUCGGCCUGAACGAAGCACAGCUGGGCAUUGUGGCUCCCUUCUGGUUUAAAGACACAUUUGUGAACGUUGUGGGACACCGAGUCGCUGAACGCUCCCUCCAGCUGGGCUGCCUUCACUCUGCACCUGAAGCCCACAGGAUUGGCCUUGUGGACGAGCUGGUGCCAGAGGAGAAGCUACGGGACAAGGCUGCGGCUGUUGUAGCACAGUGGCUGGCUCUUCCCGACCAUGCCCGUCAGCUCACCAAGUCCAUGAUGAGGAAGUCGGUGCUGGACCGCCUGGUAGCUCACCGGGAGGAAGACAUUCAGAACUUCAUCAGCUUCAUUACGAAAGAGUCCAUCCAGAAGUCGCUUCGCAUGUAUAUGGAGAUGCUGAAGAAGAAGAAGAGCUGAGGAGCCAGCCAGCUGAGGCCUGGUCCCAGGAGCUUGCGUGACACUGAAAUGCUGCAGUAGCUGUAGACUUUUACAGUGAAGUCCUCUGUACUGCCAGCAAUCGGCGAUGUGCUGCCUGCUCCAGUGGCUGCCCCACCACCCCUUCUUGUUCAUCCCCAUUCAGUGCCUGACACCGCUGCUGCCUUUCCUGAGAGCGGGGAGAGCUGUUUUGCUCAGCUCACCCGAGGAACAGAAAGGGAGAGCAUCUGACACCACUGUGGCCUAAGCCCGCAGGUCUUUGGAUAGCCUCCCUCCUUUCUAACGCUAAAUUGUGAAAAUGAGAUUUGUCAAUAAAGCCCUUUUUUGAGGAGGCGGGA